AAAACAGUCGCAAAUCGAUCGCGUUACGAGUCGCAGUGCGCAUGUUCGGGGUUCCAAGUCCGUCGAGUCCGUCGUUCAAGUGAGGGUAAUUCUCUCGAAAUCACCACGAAUCACGCGUUCAGUUCAACUGACAAAAAAAAUCGCAGCCGAUCGCCAUCCUCUCGGUUUGGCGUUGAGUGAAUGUUGGUUCCAGUUUGAAAAGUUUUUGGAAGGCAGACCAAAUUUCUUGUGACCGGUGAUCUGGAAAAUCGGAUUAAUUAACUUAAUUACGUGCGAGGAAAAUCAAAAUUGCCGCAGUGUCCGCCAUUAUACCUGGCGUUGUUUUUCGCAGUGCAAAACCUGAAGAAAAUUGGGUGCCCGUGAUCGAAUCAAAUCUCCAUCGUUCGGUACCGGAGUUUCGCAACAUAACCUUAGAGCAGCAGCAUUGCACCGGAAGGAAUGGUGCUACACGAGCAGAUCAUAGUAGCCACCGUGGUUGCUACGAUACUAGUGACCUGCACUGGCGGUGUUUUGGCCGAACCAUGGAAACCGCUGGAGGAUCACGACAGCGGGGGAACAGCCCUACUCGAUCACUACUUCGUUCACCAUUUUGACCAAGAAGAACCGGACUCGGAACCGGCUCCCUCCUACGCACUGCGGGCCCUAUCGAUCAACUGUGAGUGCGUGAAGCUGAGGCAUUGUCCCAAAAUCCUGGAGAUGCUGAGAACGCCCAAGUCCAGUUAUAGCAGCUUCAAUUCCAAGCUGAAAAGACUAACUUGCGGGUAUAGUAUGGGUCGUGAACCGAACAUCUGCUGCCCCUUGGACGACAGUUGGCUAGCGGACGAGGCAGAAUCAAGCAGUUCGCAACCCGGACCCAGUUUCGGAGAUCGUAGGAACUCCUUUGGAGACCCGGGCAAUCUGAAAUACUUGCAAAAUGGGCCAAAUCAAUUUGAAUUUUCAAAUAGCCGAAAUACGGCGAAAAACAACUUCAUCACUUCGUUCGAAGAUCCAAAGACCAUGAAGAACUGCCCACCGGUGAUCUCUCAGGAGGAUGAAUUCAAGCGACCCACGACGAAGGUCUAUGUGGCGCCAGCUAUUCGUCGGAGAACUACUACCACUCCUUCCCCUCCUCCUCCUCCUCCUCGUCGCACAACUACCACCACAACCACCACGACUACCACUACAAGGGCACCACUAAGAUCAGUUUUUGGUGAUACCAGGACCGGUGAUGAAGUGAUCACCAUUGAACCGGUGACCAGUUUUCCGGUGGUUGACGCUACGGAUCGUCUGGUGGCCACCGUACCGCCACCGAUCAUCAACGAUGCACUGUGUGGAUUGUCCGUAAAUACUCGGAUCAUUGGCGGAGAGACGGAAAUUCCCGGACAGUUCCCCUGGAUGGCACGAUUGGCCUACCGAAAUCGAACCUCAGGCCGAGUGACUUAUCGUUGCGCGGGAUCUCUCGUCACCAACCGACAUGUGAUCACGGUUGCACACUGCGUGACCAACUUGAUCGACGAGUUAGAAUUACUGAGCGUACGGCUAGGUGAUCUUGAGUGUAAUUCGGUAACGGACAAUCGGUGCAACUCACGCUACCAGGAUUUUGCGAUCGAGCGCUUGAUACCGCACGAGAACUACGACACUCCGAAGUAUGCCAACGACAUUGCUCUGGUUAAACUGCUGCAAACAACUGAAACCUACAACAUCUUGAGUCCGCUUUGUCUACCGAUGGAUCAGUACUGGAGCUACGGAAGAAACCUAACCGGAAGGAUGGGCAUCAUUGCCGGAUGGGGUUCCACCAGCAAUCGAAACAACUCCCCGAGUCCAACGCUCCAGUGGCUCCGUCUUCCGAUCGUGGACACAAUGCAGUGCGCCACGUCGUACGCCCGCUACAGUGUCAACUCGCGCAACCCUAUCAUCGUUUCCGGCAACCAAAUGUGCGUCCAAGGCCAGGAGAACAUGGACGCCUGCCAGGGUGACUCGGGAGGGCCACUCAUGAACGAAGCCAUCUCCAGCCGGGACCGGUUCGUCCUGCUCGGUCUAGUCUCGUUUGGGCCUCGUACCUGCGGUGUGUCCAACUUUCCCGGGGUGUACACCCGGAUCUCGUCCUACAUCGGUUGGAUCCAGCGGCAGGUAGAGCUGUAACGUCGCGAUCGUUCGCUCUUAGUCUCUAGUGUAGUAACCAAAUUGUAAAUAGCUCAUUUUUCAAUUCGAACGAAAGAUUAUUGCCGCUAGGGUAAUCAAUUGAAAUCAGAAAUAAAAUCGAAACGUGACUGAAGUAAAUGUAUGAAAACGA